GGGCUUCGCCGAAAAAGCAAUCCCUUGAUAGUUGGCAGCCAGGCUAGUUCUCGCAUACCAGAUUCCCAGAUCGACCACCCGUAGAAAGAGGACGAAGAGAAGCAAGACCAAUGGCGGCGGCUGCCUCUAGCGCGUGGAAGACCAGGUGGCUCCGGCCCGAGGCCUACCCGAUCUUCGCGGCGACCGGCGUCGCCGUAGGGAUCUGCGCCAUGCAGCUCGUGCGCAACAUCACCACCAACCCAGAAGUCCGGGUCACCAAGGAGAACAGGGCGGCCGGGAUCCUGGACAACCACGACGAGGGCCGCCGCUACUCCCGCCACCCGUUCAGGAGGUUCAUCGACGGCAAGUCUUCGGAGAUCAUGCCAUCCAUCAACAACUUCUUCACCGACCCAUCAAAGUAGACGAGAUCUUCUCUCGAAGAAUUGGAUUCUUUCUUUCGCAGCAAGUUUUCUUCUUAAAGCCAAAACAGAAUUGCCAUUAUUUUCCCCGGAUUCAAGUAUAUUAUAAUUAUUAGCCAUGAUUAGUUGCCUGGCUGUGUACUGCUAAUCUUUUUUAUCAUAUAAAAAUAUUGAUCUGA